UCAUCGCGGCUUUUCCGAUGGCCAGUCAGAGUUGGGUCAGGCUUGCCAUAGACAUUCUCUUAUAGUGGAGUAGGAGAGACGAGUUCUGUGGUCGAUCGUAUCCCAUGCACGUCUUGCGGGCGGCCGAGGGCGGCCAGGAUCGAGGCAGCGGCCAACUAGAUCGCUUCAGGCAGCUUCGCAUCAAACACAGCACUCACUCCAUCUCAUCUCACUCAUCCCGAUCGCCCUUUUGACUCUGCUGCUCUCCGUUGUCCAAAAUGUCAUCGAUAGAACUUUGUCGUCGCCCGCAGUUUCACCUUGUCGGCAUAAGCAAGAAAGCCAUUGUGGCCCGUUGUCGGAGGUGAAAACUUUCGGCAGAUGGCUCGUGCGAGGGCCAAGACGUACGACAAUGAAUCACCACGGAGACGUCCCAGAGGACACAGUUGUCACGAUUAUCAGUUCAACACUUGAGUGAAGAUUAAUGGCCGCUUUCCGGACUGCUGCACGACUUUCAACAUUGUCAUCAGCGACACCAACUACGAGCUUCGCCGCGCAAGGACUUCGCACUUUGGGACGAGCAGGAUACGCCACUAAGAAGACACAGUCGAACAGGAUAUCGAUUUCAGAUAUGACGAAAGAUCAUAUUCUGACGUUGUCGUGCCCGGAUAAGCCUGGAAUUAUCCACACUGUGACUGGAGUUCUGGCUAAGCAUAAUCUGAACAUUCUGGAUCUGCAGCAAUACUCCGAUGUCGAGCAGCAGAAGUUCUUCAUGCGAAUCCACUUUGGCCAUGCCGACUCUACACAACAUCUUGCCGAGCCAUUCGGUGAACUGGCAUCUGAUCUGAAGAUGCAAUAUGAUAUCGUGCCUCGUUCGCACAAGCCCAAAGUCCUCAUCAUGGUCUCUAAGAUCGGACACGCAUUGAACGACCUCCUAUUCCGCCAAAGCACAGGACAAUUGAACAUUGAGAUCCCAGCGAUUGUUUCCAACCACCCUGAAUUUGAAAACCUGGCCAAGAGCUACAAUGUGCCCUUCCAUCACUUGCCCGUGACCAAGGACACCAAAGCCGAGCAAGAGGGCAAGAUCCUGGAGCUUGUGAAAUCACACAAUGUCGACCUCAUCGUCCUGGCACGAUACAUGCAAGUCCUGUCUCCCACGCUUUGCGAGGCGAUGUCCGGCAAGAUCAUCAACAUUCAUCAUUCUUUCUUGCCUUCUUUUAAGGGCGCCAAGCCUUACCAUCAGGCUUACGACCGCGGAGUGAAGAUCAUUGGAGCGACGGCACAUUUUGUCACUGCCGAUCUGGAUGAGGGACCAAUUAUUGAGCAAAGGAUUGCGAGAGUGGAUCACAGCAUGGAUCCAAAAGAAUUGGUAGAAGAGGGCAGUAAUGUUGAAAGCCAGACCUUGGCUGCGGCAGUCAAAUGGUGGGCGGAGAAGAGAUUGUUCUUGAACGGCACCAAGACUGUGGUGUUCAAUUGAGCACGCGCACAUCCAUCAUCGAUCGGCGCAAAAGAUGUGCACAGAUGUCACCACUCAUCACGGCACACAUCACCAGACGGUAUGGCACACGAGCAUCUGCCGACCUGCAAUGUCAAAAUAGAACGAGAGUUUGAUGACGAUCACAGUGAAGGCCAUAGAUCACAAAGCUAAAGCACGUCAUAUAGAAAGCGACACACUCUGCGUAUAGACCCUGGUAACUUAGAGGUCUCGACCACCUGUCACACAUAGAGAUCCCUGUCGCAUCGGAAACGCGCACAUUGCGACAUUCCAGUCAAGCGU